AUGGUAGAAACAAAGAGAGCAGAGCUUGUUUUCAUUCCUAUUCCAGGAAUGGGUCACUUAGUAUCAACUAUUGAGAUGGCUAAGCUUCUAACUGAUAGAGAUGAACGCCUCUCUAUCACAGUCUUCAUCAUGAAGUUGCCAACAGAGUUGAAAACCGAUUCCAUGGCCCUAAAAUCCAAUUCGCGUAUACGUUUCAUAGAAUUUUCUCUCAACCAACCUAUCACUCACAACAACUUUGUCUCCCAUUUCAUAGAAAGCCACAAGGAUCCCAUAAGAGAUGCUGUCGCAAAAAUAGUCCAUGAUGAGUCCGACUCAAUUAGACUUGCUGGAUUUGUUAUUGAUAUGUUCUGUACAACUAUGAUCGACGUAGCCAAUGAGUUUGGUCUCCCGACUUAUGUCUUCUUUACAACUAGUGCAGCGAUGCUUGGGCUCUGCUUCCAUAUGCAGAGUCUAACCGAUGAACAGAACGUGGACGUCACUGAGUACAAGAACUCGGAUGUUGAGUUAUUGAUUCCAACAUACAUAAAUCCAGUUCCUACUAAAGUAUUUCCUUCUAGAUUCUUUGAUAAGGAGGGUGUGGCUGCGUUCCUCACUAUGGGAAGAAGGUUUAGAGAAACGAAGGGAAUUAUGAUUAACACCUUCUCGGAUUUAGAAUCCUAUGCAUUGAAGUUCCUAUCUGAUGACGACAAGAUCCCACCGGUUUACCCAAUAGGCCCGAUUCUUCAUGUCAAGGCUGAAAAUGAUGACAACAAAGAACGUAACGAGAUCAUGAAGUGGCUUGACGAACAACCUGUUUCGUCUGUUGUUUUUCUAUGCUUUGGAAGUAUGGGAUAUUUUGAAUCCGACCAGGUUAAGGAGAUUGCGGUUGCACUUGAACGGAGUGACCACCGGUUCUUGUGGUCGUUGAGAAAGCCUCCUCCCAAAGACAGGUUCGAGUUUCCAUCAGAGUACGAAAAUUUUGAAGAAGUAUUGCCCGAAGGGUUCUUGCAACGAACUGAAGGAACCGGGAAGGUGAUUGGAUGGGCACCACAAGUGGCCAUCUUAUCUCACCCUUCGGUGGGUGGCUUCGUGUCUCAUUGUGGAUGGAACUCGACGUUGGAGAGUGUCUGGUGUGGAGUGCCGAUUGCAGCAUGGCCGAUGUAUGCCGAGCAGCAGACUAAUGCAUUCGAGUUGGUGAAGGAUUUGGGAAUUGCUGUGGAGAUAAAAAUGGAUUAUAGGAGGGGCAGUGAUGUGAUUGUGCAGGCUGAAGAAAUAGAGAAGGGAAUCAGGUGUCUAAUGGAGCCUGAGAGUGAAUCGAGGAUUAAGAUGAAACAAAUGAAACACAACAGUAGAAUGGCUUUGAUGGAAGGUGGUUCGUCUUACGAUUUCUUGAGACGUUUCAUUGAUAAUGUCAUCGAUGACAUUGCAUGA